GCCGCGCGAGUGCACUUGCGUCCCACCGUUACCAUAGCGACUGGGCCUCCGGACCGCAGAUCUAGCUGCUUGCCAACAUCUUUGAGCUUCGGCAGCUCCGGAGGCCGGGGUAGGAAACUAUGUGAAAGAAUCUUCUGAUGUAAUAAUUUCUGUGUGUCACUGGAACAUUUGCUCAUCAUUCCUUUGGCAAGUCUAGUCUUCUAUGGAAGGUCAGUAGAAGCAGUUGAUUUAUUCACCUCUACAGGAAUCAGACUCAGCCUAUUUUGGGGACAUUUGGUAAUAUCUGGAGACAUUUCUGAUUGUCAUAACUUCUGAGGAAAGGUUUUCAGUGAAUUAUGCCUUUUCGGUGUGGGACCCAGCCAAGGAGUUUUCCAGUGGAAGGAGGAGAUUCUUCAGUUGGGCUGGAAUCUGGGCUGAGCUCCAGUGCUGCCUGUAAUGGGAAAGAGAUGUCACCAACCAGGCAACUCCGCAGAUGCCCCGGAAGUCAUUGCCUGACAAUAACUGAUGUUCCCAUCACUGUCUAUGCGACAAUGAGGAAGCCACCUGCACAGAGCAGCAAGGAGAUGCAUCCUAAGUAGCAUCGUUAAGUCUUUCGUAGAGGUUUGAGUAGGUCGAGGGAAAUGGGCCAGCAUCAUCGUACGAUCUGAUAAAUAAAGAAAUGUGGUGACACCUUUGGGCGAUGACAA